GUGGAUCCGCUCCCUCCGCAGCGAGCCCGACCCGGGCCCCACGACCCGCCGCCGCGGCCGUUCGCCUGGCCUCCCCUCGCGCGGGCCCGGCCGGGGAUGGAGCCGCAGCCAGAGCCGCCAGAGCCGGGGCCGGGGCGCGGAGCGGCCUGAGGCGCGGGCGGCGCGCGGGACCGGGGGGAGGGCGGGCCGAGGGGAGGGUCCUGGGCCGGGGGGGCGGGCACGGCGCGCCCCCUCCCUCGCGCGCUCGCUCCCUCCCCCGCGCGCCCUCCCUCGCCGCCUCCUCCCGCCGCCUCCGGCCCCCCCUCGCCGGGGACCGAGCGCGCUCGCUCCGGCGCCGGCCUCGCCUCCUCGCAGCAGCGCCAUGGAUGAGUUCCACCCGUUCAUCGAGGCGCUGUUGCCUCACGUGCGCGCCUUCGCCUACACCUGGUUCAACCUGCAGGCGCGGAAGCGCAAGUACUUCAAGAAGCACGAGAAGCGGAUGUCGAAGGACGAGGAGCGCGCGGUGAAGGACGAGCUGCUGGGCGAGAAGGCCGAGGUCAAGCAGAAAUGGGCGUCGCGGCUGCUGGCCAAGCUGCGCAAGGACAUCCGGCCCGAGUGCCGCGAGGACUUCGUGCUGGCCAUCACCGGCAAGAAGGCGCCGGGCUGCGUGCUCUCCAACCCCGACCAGAAGGGCAAGAUGCGUCGCAUCGACUGCCUGCGCCAGGCCGACAAGGUGUGGCGGCUGGACCUGGUCAUGGUCAUCCUCUUCAAGGGCAUCCCGCUGGAGAGCACCGACGGCGAGCGCCUGGUCAAGGCGGCGCAGUGCGGCCAUCCGGUGCUCUGCGUGCAGCCACACCACAUCGGCGUGGCAGUCAAGGAGCUCGACCUCUACCUGGCCUACUUCGUGCGCGAGCGAGAUGCAGAGCAAAGUGGCAGUCCCCGGGCGGGGAUGGGCUCCGACCAGGAGGACAGCAAGCCCAUCACACUGGACACCACCGACUUCCAGGAGAGCUUCGUCACCUCCGGUGUGUUCAGCGUCACUGAGCUCAUCCAAGUGUCCCGGACACCUGUGGUGACUGGAACAGGACCCAACUUCUCCCUGGGGGAGCUGCAGGGACACCUGGCAUAUGACCUAAAUCCAGCCAGCACCGGCAUGAGAAGAACGCUACCCAGCACAUCCUCCAGCGGGAGCAAGCGGCACAAAUCGGGCUCGAUGGAGGAAGACGUGGACACGAGCCCCGGCGGCGAUUACUACACCUCGCCCAGCUCUCCCACGAGUAGCAGCCGCAACUGGACGGAGGACAUGGAAGGAGGCAUCUCAUCCCCGGUGAAGAAAACAGAGAUGGACAAGUCCCCUUUCAACAGUCCGUCUCCCCAGGACUCGCCCCGCCUCUCCAGCUUCACCCAGCACCACCGGCCCGUCAUCGCCGUGCACAGUGGGAUCGCCCGGAGCCCUCACCCGUCCUCGGCCCUGCACUUCCCCACCACGUCCAUCUUGCCCCAGACGGCCUCCACCUACUUCCCGCACACGGCCAUCCGCUACCCACCUCACCUCAACCCCCAGGACCCGCUCAAAGAUCUCGUGUCGCUGGCCUGCGAUCCGGCCAGUCAGCAGCCUGGACCGUUAAGUGGAAGUGGCCAGCUCAAAAUGUCCAGUCACUGCAUUUCCGCUCAGAUGCUGGCACCCCCGCCCCCCGGGCUGCCGCGGCUGGCGCUCCCCCCCGCCACCAAACCCACCUCCGAGGGAGGAAGCUCGUCGCCGACCUCGCCCUUCCUGGUAUCUGGGAUAAGAAAGAUUUCUUCCCACGCCCUGCUCCUUCGUCCCGGGAAUCGCGGGGAGCUACACAGCCGGCCCCCGGCCCACGUUUUCGGUGGCAAGCUAGAGCAAGCAAGAACACCCCGCUGACUCCCAGCCCGGCCGAAAGACAAAACACACAGACACAUAACACACAGGAGGAAAAGAAAAAAGAAGAAAAAAAAAAAAAAGGAGAAAAAAAAAAAAAAAGACAAACGGGAAAAAAAACAAAAACAAAAGAAAACCACACAUAAAAAUAAACCCACCCAACCAAGAAGAUAAAAGGUAAAGAUGGCAACGCUUCGGACUCUCGGGAUGCCGCGGCCGGACGGACCGGACUGGAGGGCCAGGCCCCACUGCCCCUGGGAGCGGGCGCUCGGGGCGUCCUAAGUUAUUCAUCUCCUCUCGCUGCUGCUCUGGGAGGGCCGGCUGCCCCCACCUCCGCCCUGGACCAGGUGAGCGCAGCCUGGUGCCCGUGCCCAGCCGACGGGGCAGGACACCCAGCGAGGCCGCCUCUCCCGCGCGCCCCCAUCGCCACUGCCACCGGGACAGUGUUUGCCAAGUGGGGAGGCAGCCCCCGGGGGGCCGGCGAGGACCCCGGCGGCAGGCAGCAGAGGCCACCGCGGAGGCUGGGGUGGGCAGGGGUGCGACAGGGGCAGAAGAGGGUUGCGGGGAGACCCCGGGCAUCGCCGGGGGACAAGGACGCAUGGCCAAUACUCUCUCAGGAGUGCCCCGCGGUUGUGGACGUCUCCGCCCCCCACCCCCACCCCAGAGCGCGCCGGGGACUCGGUCUUUGGUGAAGCCCUGUGCGCGCCGGCCCGGUUUGGGAGACAUCUCUAUGCAAAUGACCCCCAGCCCGCCCCCCCCCCAGGCAUAGGAGGCCACCCUAGCGCACCCCAGUCCCCGGGGGAGGGCCCCGCGUUGCACACACUGUAAGAAAUGCACUUUCCGAGGAGGGGGCUGGGGGCGGUGGAGCGGAGGGGCCCGGGGCUGCUCUGGACUCUCCAUCCACCCAAGCCCUGAAUGGGGAGGACCCCACCACCCCGCUUAGCCCAUGGAGGUGUGGGAGGUGAGAGCGAGUGGUUUAAGUGCCUGAUUCCCACCGCCCGCCCCCCCCCUUUGUCCAGCUGGGAAGCGAGUGGCCGUGGG